CGCCGCCGCCCCCGGCAGUCGCAGUCGGAAGUUGCAGGAGCUGAAACCUGUCGCCCGCUCGCCCGCCCCGCCGGCCGGCCCUCGGGACCGACCCUCCAGCCUCCUUCGCCCUUUCGGGCCGCUUCCUUCCUUCCUUCUCUCUCUCUCCAGCAGCCUGACGGACAGAGGCCCUGGGCGGCCACGGGCCCCCAUGGAGCCGGCCCCCUGAGGCGGAAGGCUGAUUGGCGGCGGUGGCACUCCCCGCCCCAGCCCAGCGAUGCGGACCGGGCCCCUCGGCGCAGGUACCAUUUGGAUAGUACUUUAGUGGCACAAUGUACUCUGAGUGGCGGUCACUUCAUUUGGUCAUUCAGAAUGAUCAGGGUAAUACUAGUGUGCUUCACAGCUACCCUGAUAGCGUUGGACGAGAUGUUGCAAAUGCAGUAGUACGACCUCUUGGGCAAGCCUUAAAUGCCCCUUCAGGGGCUGGAAGUGAAAGUUUGUUAAAAACAGACAAAGAAGUAAAAUGGACCAUGGAAGUGAUUUGCUAUGGACUGACCCUUCCAUUGGAUGGAGAUACUGUAAAAUACUGUGUGGAUGUGUAUACAGAUUGGAUUAUGGCCCUAGUAUUACCAAAAGACUCCAUUCCAUUGCCAAUCAUCAAAGAACCCAACCUAUAUGUUCAAAACAUUUUAAAACACCUGCAAAAUCUUUUUGUACCAAGGCAGGAACAGGGGUCCAAUCAGAUUAGACUAUGCUUACAAGUUUUGAGAGCCAUCCAGAAAUUAGCCCGUGAGUCAACUACCAUGGCACGAGAAACAUGGGAAGUUUUAUUAUUAUUUCUCCUGCAGAUUAAUGAUAUUCUUCUGGCAAUGCCAACUGUUCAAGGUGGCAUUGCUGAGAACCUAGCAGAGAAGUUGAUCGGUGUUCUCUUUGAGGUCUGGUUACUAGCUUGUACCCGUUGUUUCCCAACCCCACCUUACUGGAAAACUGCCAAGGAGAUGGUGGCCAACUGGAGGCAUCAUCCAGCCGUGGUGGAACAGUGGAGCAAAGCUAUUUGUGCACUCACUUCUAGGUUAUUACGUUUUACAUAUGGUCCUUCAUUUCCUCCAUUUAAAGUUCCUGAUGAAGAUGCCAGUCUUAUCCCUCCUGAAAUGGAUAAUGAUUGCAUAGCACAGACAUGGUUUCGCUUUUUACAUAUGUUAAGUAAUCCCGUGGAUUUGAGUAAUCCAGCCAUUAUAAGCUCUACUCCCAAAUUUCAGGAACAGUUCCUGAAUGUGAGUGGAAUGACACAGGAAUUGAAUCAAUAUCCCUGCCUUAAACAGCUGCCUCAUAUAUUUUUUCGUGCCAUGCGUGGAAUCAGCUGCUUGGUGGAUGCAUUUCUAGGUAUUUCUCGACCUAGAUGUGACAGUGCUCCACCAACACCAGUGAACAGGUUAAACAUGCCUCAGAGCACUGCCAGCAGCACAACUCCCCCUCAUAAUCGAAGGCAUCGAACGGUUACUGUGAAUAAGGCAACCGUGAAGACUAGCACAGCUAAUAUUGGUCAUGCCUCUAAAGUCCCGCACCAGACGUCUUCCACUUCUCCACUGUCUAGUCCUAACCAGACUAGCUCAGAGCCUAGACCGCUGCCUGCCCCGAGGAGGCCAAAAGUAAACAGCAUCUUAAAUCUCUUUGGAUCCUGGUUAUUUGAUGCAGCAUUUGUUCAUUGUAAACUUCACAAUGGGCUAAACAGAGACAGCAGCAUGACUGCAUCUUUUAUCCAAAUUCUUCUUUCUUAUAAAUCUUCUAUAACGACACAAGCUAGUGUGGAGUUUCGUCGGAAAGGGUCACAAAUGUCCACAGACACCAUGGCUUCCAAUCUCAUGUUUGAUGCAAGUGAAUUUCCUGAUAACUAUGAAGCAGGAAGAGCUGAGGCUUGUGGGACACUAUGUAGGAUUUUUUGUAGCAAGAAGACUGGAGAAGAAAUUCUGCCAGCUUAUUUAUCCAGAUUUUACAUGCUUUUAAUUCAAGGUUUGCAGAUAACUGAUUAUGUAUGCCACCCUGUCUUGGCCAACGUUAUUCUAAACUCACCUCAUUUAUUCUGCUGUGACCUAAAAGGAAUUGAUGUUGUGGUUCCUUACUUUAUUUCAGCUCUUGAAACCAUACUGCCUGAUAGGGAACUCUCAAAAUUCAAAACCUAUGUAAACCCAACAGAGCUAAGAAGAGCCUCUAUUAAUAUCCUCCUUUCCUUGUUACCACUCCCUCAUCAUUUUGGCAAUGUCAAAUCUGAGGUGGUUCUGGAAGGAAAGUUUAGUAAUGACGACAGCUCUUCAUAUGAUAAACCAAUAACUUUUCUGUCACUGAAAUUGAGGCUUGUGAAUAUACUAAUAGGUGCCUUGCAAACUGAAACGGACCCCAACAACACUCAGAUGAUAUUAGGUGCAAUGUUAAAUAUUGUUCAAGAUUCAGCACUUUUAGAAGCCAUUGGCUGUCAGAUGGAAAUGAAUGGUGAAGAAAACCUGAAAAGUCAUAGUCGUACUAAUAGUGGCAUUAGUUCAGCAAGUGGAGGAAGCACAGAACCUACAACCCCAGACAGUGAAAGACCUGCCCAGGCUCUUCUAAGAGAUUAUGGAUUGACAGCUCUUAAUACAGAUACAGCCGCUGGACUCCUGAUUCGCAGCAUUCACCUUGUAACCCAAAGACUCAAUUCUCAGUGGCGUCAAGACAUGAGCAUAUCAUUGGCUGCAUUAGAGCUUCUUUCUGGACUGGCAAAGGUGAAGGUGACAGUUGACUCAGCAGACCGAAAAAGAGCCAUUAGUUCAGUGUGUAGUUAUAUUGUAUACCAGUGUAGUCGGCCAGCCCCACUUCACUCCAGAGAUCUUCACUCCAUGAUUGUUGCAGCUUUUCAGUGUCUUUGCAUUUGGCUGACAGAACAUCCUGACAUGCUUGAUGAAAAGGAUUGCUUAAAAGAGGUACUAGAGAUUGUGGAAUUGGGUAUCUCAGGAAGCAAGUCCCGGAGUAGUGAACAAGAGGUCAAGUACAAAGGAGAUAAGGAGCCAAACCCUGCAUCUAUGAGGGUAAAGGAUGCAGCUGAAGCUACCCUUACAUGCAUCAUGCAGUUACUUGGUGCAUUCCCUUCACCCAGUGGUCCUGCCUCCUCUUGUAGCCUAGUGAAUGAAACUACUUUGAUUAAAUGCUCCAGGCUGCCUACUGUAAACAGACACAGUUUUCGAUACUUUGUCCUAGAUAAUAGUGUCAUCCUUGCAAUGCUGGAGCAACCCCUAGGGAAUGAGCAGAAUGAUUUUUUCCCAUCUGUCACUGUUUUGGUCCGUGGAAUGUCUGGAAGACUUGCUUGGGCCCAGCAGCUUUCCCUUUUACCAAGAGGGGCAAAAGCAAAUCAGAAGCUUUUUGUGCCAGAAUCUCGCCCAAUUCCUAAAAAUGAUGUUGGAAUUAAAUACACAGUGAAGCAUCGACCAUUUCCUGAAGAGGUGGACAAAAUUCCUUUUGUAAAAGCAGAUCUGAGCAUUCCUGAUUUGCAUGAAAUCGUAAAUGAGGAAUUAGAAGAGAGACAUGAAAAAUUGAGGAAUGGCAUGGCCCAGCAGAUCACUUACGAACUAUCCAUUGAGCAGCAAAGUGAAGAGGAGUGGCGAAAGAAAAGUUUCCCUGACCCAAUUACGGACUGUAAACCCCCACCUCCUGCCCAGGAAUUCCAGACAGCACGCCUUUUUCUUUCACACUUUGGGUUUUUGUCAUUAGAAGCAUUAAAGGAACCUGCAAAUAGUCGUCUACCUCCUCACCUUAUUGCACUUGACUCAACAAUAUCUGGAUUUUUUGAUGACAUUGGCUAUCUGGAUCUCUUACCAUGUCGCCCCUUUGAUACAGUUUUUAUUUUCUACAUGAAAGCAAGCCAGAAAACAAGUCAAGAGAUUCUAAAGAAUGCUGAGUCUUCCAAAAAUGUUCAGCCACAUUUCUUAGAAUUUUUAUUGUCUCUUGGCUGGUCAGUGGAUGUAGGCAAGCACGCUGGUUGGACUGGACAUGUUUCAACAAGUUGGUCUAUUAACACUUGUGGUGAUACUGAUGUACCUGAACAAGAGGAAAUAGUUCCGUGUGAAGAUAUUGGAGCAAGUAUUUUCAAUGGACAGAAAAAAGUGUUGUAUUAUGCUGAUGCCCUUACAGAAAUGGCUUUUGUUGUUCCUUCACCUGUGGAAUCUUUAACUGAUUCAGUGGAAAGCAACAUCUCCGACCAAGAAAGUGAUUCAAAUAUGGAUCUUCUGCCUGGAAUACUAAAACAGCCAUCACUUACACUUGAACUUUUCCCUAAUCAUACAGACAAUCUUAAUUCCUCACAGAAGUUAAGUCCUACUUCCCGCCUAAAGAAGUUGCCUCAGGGCCGAACGGUUCCACCAAUGGGACCAGAGACCAAGGUCUCUGUUGUCUGGGUUGAACGUUAUGAUGAUAUAGAAAACUUUCCCCUUUCUGACCUGAUGUCAGAGAUCAGCACUGGUGUAGAAACGACUGUAAACAGUAGCACUUCCCUGAGAUCAACUACUGCUGAAAAAGAAGUUCCUGUCAUUUUCAUCCACCCUCUAAAAACUGGAUUGUUCAGAAUAAAAAUUCAAGGAGCUACUGGAAAAUUUAACAUGGUCAUCCCACUGGUGGAUGGGAUGAUUGUCAGCAGGAGAGCACUCGGUUUCUUGGUGAGGCAGACUGUAAUAAACAUUUGUAGAAGAAAGAGGCUAGAAAGUGACUCCUACAAUCCUCCACAUGUGCGACGAAAACAGAAAAUUGCAGAUAUUGUUAAUAAAUACAGAAAUAAGCAGCUGGAGCCAGAAUUUUAUACUUCACUUUUCCAGGAGGUUGGGCUCAAGAACUGCAAUUCUUAAACCAAGGUCCUCCAAAGACAAUUGUUAGAUCAGAAAUUGGUGGCUACCAGAGGGAACAAAUGGAAAUAUGUUACUACUAUUUACUGGAGUAAAAAAAAUACCACCACCACCACCAAAAAAAAAAGCAGCUUAUCUUUCAAUCACCGAAACAGAAGAGACACCAUUCUAAGUACAACUUAAGAAGAUUUUCUGCUUUCUGGUGAGAGGAGGUCUCCCAAACACAAUCAUAAACCCCUCAGCGGGGUGGUAUAGAUUUUAUCCAAUACAACUUUCUUUUUUAAAGUAGCAGUUUUACUUAAAUAGGACAUUUCAGGAGAAACUGUAAACAGCUCUGAUAAACGUGUUCAUCAAGAAAAGGAGACUAGCAUAAAGUGGUUUAUAUACUAGCAGUCGGAGAUAGUCUUACACAGCUCACUUUUCCUGGAGGUUCAGUUCCUUUCUUAGAAUCUCCAGGGACUCGUUCCCCAAAUCUGGAGUUGCUUGUUCUGGGGAGAAAAUCAAGAAGAAUUCUAGCCUCUUAUUCUACCAUCAGCUUUGCAAAAAGAACCACCCACAAAUAUCUCUUGUGCAGAUAUUUUUAAAGGUCUGACUUUCGUAUAUUUAUCUUCAUGUAUCAGAAAGAGAACACGUAUGUCAACGUCACCAUCAUCCUACUCAUUUAUACAGAUCAUCUGUCUAAAAACAACCUUUCGUUACCACAGAAGGGAACCUGUCAAGAGCAAAUCCAGAGUGAACUUUCUACAUUCCUGGCAGUGUAGAAAAACACCAAGUAAAAAAUUCCAUAAAAUCAAUGAAGCCAUCAGUCAACCUGUGUCUAGUUCAACAUAGCAGAAUGAAAGGUGUUUGUAAAACAGUGGGAAAGGAGAGUUGAAAUGUUCCAAAAUGACUUGUUGGUUUCAAUAAAUUUCAGCUCUCAACUACUGUUGAAAAAGA